CGUCUUCCAUUUCUCUCACAUAUCCAUUUUUAUAUAUAUCCGUGCAUUGUUUGAGUAAUUUUGUCGCAGCAGAGCAGAGAAAUGGAUGCACUUGAUUCAGUCGUCGAUCCACUGAGAGAUUUUGCUAAGAACAGCCAACGACUCGUCAAGAAAUGCCACAAGCCUGAUCGUAAAGAAUUCACGAAGGUUGCGUUCCAAACCGCAAUAGGUUUUGUGGUGAUGGGAUUUGUUGGAUUUUUCGUGAAGCUGGUUUUCAUCCCCAUCAACAAUAUCAUCGUUGGUUCUGCUUAGAUUAUGUGGAGGGUAAAAGUUUUAACAGGAUGGCAACGGUCUGCCCAACCGAAAUUUUAAAGGAAAGCUUAGUGCUAACAUCCUUUAGUGCUAAAUUUUAAUUUUGAAACUAAAUUUUUGUGGCUUUUUCAAUCUAUGUUCCUGUUUCAUAAUUGCUGAUGUAAAAUACUCUUAAUCAUUCUGUUAAAUUAGUUGGCCAAUUUUUUUAA